CGUAAGGCAACAGAAGGAUGCCUCGGAAAGUAGGAAUUUUUUCUACAUCCGAGAUGAACACAACUCCCAGGCAUAGGAAGCAUACAAAAUAGAAAAUGUCGGCGCUAAAUAUUGACGGCGUGUGCUCAGUUUUGGGCAUGCUGCAAGGCUACUUGCCAUUCUCAAUCUGCUGUGAGCAACCCAAACAGGAAUCGAUUGAACAGAAUAUAUUCCUCGAUAUUGCUAUCGUUGACCCAGUUGACCCAGCUGCCGUGAUAGUUGCAGACAUUUCGAAACGCCGGCGCUCCCAUGCUACUUAUGUGUUCAAUGGGGAAUACACAGACGACUGCACUUUUGUGAUGGCUUUGGCCACCCUAGAAGAAGAGUGGAUGAUGUUUAUGAUGCGCAAUGUCGAGCCGGAACAUCUUAUGAUCGUUGCUCCCAUUCAGGAAUACAAAGUGAAUAAAAAAUAAAAAUAA